AUGGUCGUGUGGUUUGUGCUGCUAAUCGGUGGCUGUCGUUCAGACCUGACCAUGUUCAACUGCUCCAGUCCGCAAGUCUACGAAGGCUGUGACCUGUUCCCGGACAAGGGCUGUGUUUGUGACACGAUCGCGUCCUGCGAGCCGGUCCGUUUCCGUUAUGUCAGCGAGUCGCACUGCCUCAACGACUGGCAGAAACAGCAAGGUAAGAUGUUUUAUGAGUCGCGUUUCGCGUGUUUGCCAUUUGCUUGCCGUGAUGUUUGUAUGAGUGACGAGGUCGACGGAGUCGACAGAGCCGGCACUUGCACGCAGUGUGCUAGGCACAGUCCUCAACUUCCACUGAAUGCCGAAAUAAACUCGUCGAGUAGUCUACGAAACUCGUUUCGCUGUGCAGUCAAGGUACAGCUUUCGUCAGACGUCCCCUUCCCAAACUUUCGUGAGAAACCGGCUUUCGCAUCGCCGUUUUUGACCGAGCACCAUUUGUUUAAUCCGCGAAGACAUCCGAGUUUCCUACCUGUUUGCGUGCGUUCCACAACAGACGUCCACUGGGUCGUCUACCAACACGUUCUGACGACCCAGCGGCAAAGCUGUUUGGUCAGCGGCGGCCGCAAGGGGCACAACGCCAAGAAGUGUGGCGGAACGGUGACUUACAUGUGUGACGAAGUCAGACAGAUGGAAUGCGAGGAAAUUUAUGAUCAAAGAUAA